CAGGACCGCGUAGCCGAUAUAUAGCCACAGUGUUACCAGGAGGUCCGUAGGUGGCAUGAUGAAUAGGCGCUUAAAGUUUGCUGAUUGUGGUGGUCUGGGGUAAUUUUGAUCAGCUUAUAGGCGUCAUGGAGCAAUCGGAACCCUUGAAAUCAGCCCGCUCUUCGCCUCACCAGCGACCCAGAUUGGGCCCAUUAGCCUCGGUAGUUCGGAAAAGUGUAAGAUGGCCGACGAUGAGGAGCUCCAACUCGAUCACAAAUUCAACAACAUCGUCCCAUCUUCCCUUUGACGUGUGGCCACUGUAUAUUUCAACCACCGCCUUUUCAUCCCUCUCCACGUUUCCCCGGAUCUGUUGUCUUUGUCCUGGAUUCAAACAUGUCGGUCCCUUAUCUCAUUAACAGUGCCGGUGGCUACAUCCCCGCAUCAGAGAGGAUUCCUGUUAUUGCUCGUCCGUUCGUCAGCGAGCGGGCCAAGAAGACUUUGGAUCUGGUCGAAAGAUUCGUCGAAGAAGAAUGCAUCCCCGCGGAUACUGUCUUCAAACAGUCUCUCGGCGAGACCACAGUCGAGCGCUUUGACGCUCAUCCUCAAGUCAUUGAAGAUUUGAAGGCCAAAGCAAAGAAACUCGGACUAUGGAAUAUGUUCCUGCCCAGCAACCACUUCAAGGAGGGCGCCGGUUUCAGCAAUCUCGAAUACGGCUUGAUGGCAGAGUACCUUGGCAAGAGCGCCACCGCCAGUGAAGCCACCAACUGUGCUGCCCCGGACACGGGUAACAUGGAAGUCUUUGCAAAGUACGGCACAGAAGAACAGAAGAAGAGAUGGUUGGGCCCGCUAUUGAACGGCGAGAUCCGAUCAGCCUUUUUGAUGACCGAACCUCAGGUGGCAAGCAGUGACGCCACCAACAUCGAACUCGACAUGAAGAAGGACGGUGACUACUGGGUUCUUAAUGGCCAGAAAUGGUGGUCAAGUGGUGCCGGUGACCGUCGCUGCCAGAUCUACAUCGUCAUGGCCAAAUCCGACCCAACCAACAAGAACGUCUACAGACAACAAUCUGUCAUCCUCGUACCCGCCGACACUCCGGGUGUUACCAUCCACCGAAUGCUUUCUGUCCUCGGCUUUGAUGACGCCCCCCAUGGUCACGGCCACAUCACCUUUGAAAACGUCCGCGUGCACAAGAGCAAUAUGGUCCUUGGUGAAGGACGAGGUUUCGAGGUCGUUCAAGGCCGUCUGGGCCCUGGAAGAAUCCAUCACGCCAUGAGAUCAGUCGGCGCUGCCGAGAAAGCCCUCGAAUGGUUCCUCGCCCGCCUGAACGACCCCGCAAAAAAACCCUUUGGCAAACAACUCUCCGAACACGGCAUCAUGCUCGAAAGAGUUGCCAAGUCACGUAUCGAAAUCGACUCUUCAAGGUUGUCCGUCCUGAACGCUGCCAUCAAGAUCGACGAGUCCAACGCCAAGGAUGCCCUCAAGGAAAUUGCAGAGGUCAAGGUUCAGGUCCCUAAUAUGUUGUUGGACGUCCUCGACCGUGCUAUCCAAGCCUACGGUGGCGCUGGUGUCUCACAGGAUACCCCUCUAGCCAACAUGUGGGCCAGUGGACGGACGAUGAGAAUCGUCGACGGCCCAGAUGAAGUGCACAUGUUGCAAUUGGGACGAAAUGAGAAUAAGCGUGGGCCUGCGUUGCUGAAGCGCAUCGAGGCCCAGAAGGAGAAGUCCCGGGAAUUGCUGAAACAGUAUGGCUUGAAGGAGCGUGAUGUUCUCGAGCUCAACCGGGUGAGUGGUGGGAAGUCCAAAUUGUAAGAUAUCAGCAUCGCUUAGAGUUUUCGUCUAUCAGAAUGGAACUAUUGUGCGGGCACCGAUUUCUCAAGCUACAAGAAAUGAAACCAGCUUGAUCUUCUGAUUACGGA